AUCUUCAAAGGUUUACUGGGGCCUAUUGUUGGCCCUGAAUCUGUCAAACAUGGGUUUGAUGGCCCGUUGGAAAUUGAGAAAGCCAAACUGGAGCUAGACAAGCUUUGUGUCCAAAAGAAAUGGCACAAACCUAAUUACAGUACACUUCCUUCUUCAUUUGAUUUAUUCACCAUUGUUUUGCCCGCUUUGCUGAUGUUAACACUUCCAGGCAGUUUCCUUUCCUCUCUGCCUGUUAUUUUGGAUUUUUAUUGCAAGAAUCAGUGAUAUGGCCAAUCGUCUUUGAUAUUAACUAAAUUAUUGCUUGCUUUAAGGUAGUCUUGCAUAUGCUCUACGAAAAGAUACAUGAGUGAUAAAGCUAGUAAGAGCUCAUCAUGGCCACAUUAUUUUUGGUAUUUUUCAAAAGAGAUGAAAUGCCAAAUGCCUAUUUUUUCCUUCUUCACCAAUUGUUGGUGCUCUCUUUUUCUGUUUCUUUCUGCUGAAAUUUCAUGUGGAACUAUUCUCUUGAUGUCAGUCCUUUUGACUUGCAGAGUGGUGGUGUCGGACCCCCAGCAAUAUGUUUGUACAGUUGAAAUAGUUACGGGUGAUGGUGUCCCCUACUCUGUAAAGGGAGAAAAAAGAUCAAGCAGAAGAGAGGCAGAGAGGUGUGCUGCUUACCAUUUGUUUCUCGCCUUGAACGACCAAGCACAAAAGAGGCAGAGAGACGAAGAGAUGUUUUCUCCCACUUCCCUCCCUUCACUGUCGCCGGAGAGGGGCCCCUCCGUCUCCCAAGUUGAGGCGAUCCUGCGCUACAAGUUCGAGGACCCGAAGCUGCUCGAGGAGGCCCUGACGCUCUCCUCCAUCCCGGAUGCUCCGUCCUACGAGCGGCUAGCGUUCGUCGGUGACUGCGUCCUAAACCUCGCGGUCAGUGACCACCUAGUCCAGGCUUACCCUGAGCUCGAUCAGGGACAGCUCUCGACGCUGCUGUCGGCAAACGUCUGCAAAGAGAAGCUCGCGCAGGUGGCCUUGCGUUGCAAGCUGUAUAGUUUCCUCAGUCACAAAAUGCAGUACUCGAAUGACCAGGUUAGCGAGUUUGCCAGAGCAGUUGAGGAAAAUGGGGGAUCAGUUGAAGCCCCAAAAUUCUUGCAGAUAUUGUUAAAUCUGUGGUAGCUGCUAUCUAUUAUGAUGUUGGCUCAAAAUUAAAGAGAUUUUGGGAGAUUUGCUUGGUACAUGUUCAGAUCUUCAAAGGUUUACUGGAGCCUCUUGUUGGCCCUGAAGAAUUGCAGCAGCAGCCUGAACCCGUCAACCGAGGGUUUGAUGGCCCAUUGGAAAUUAAGGAAGCCUAAAAGAAGCUACACAACCUUUGUGGCAAAAAGAAAUGGCCCUUUCCUAAUUACAAAAGGGAGGUGUUGGACCCCCAGCAGAGCAAGGAAUAUGCUUUUACAGUUGAAGUAGUUACGGUGAUGGUGUCCCCCACUCUGUAAAGGGAGAAAAAAGAUCAAGCAAAAGAGAGGCAGAGAGGUGUGCUGCUUACCUAUGGUUGCUUGCCUUGAACCGAUCUAAUAAUCUUUGAGUCUCCCUCGAGCGUAAGAAUGCGAAAGAAACGCCUUGCUAAUUCAUUGCAGCAGCUUCGUCCAGAAGAUAACCCCAUACACAAGGGGAGUUCUCUGUCUUGUGAUGAGCUCGCAAAGAAGCAACUAUAAAAAGGAUGCGUUCUUUCAUAUUAUUAUGGUUGGUUGAGACUCAUAGUUAAUUAGAUCUGUCCAAAGCAUGGAAUGUUUGGGUGGGUAAAUUAUAAGAAUACAUGUUGUAUUAUCUAUUGGAUUUCAAAUUUCUCAAUGCUUUUAGUUAUCUUUCCGUUGUUGAGAACUGGCAUAAAUGUUCAGGUUACCAUUUCAAAUAAUUAGUUAUUCAUUAAUCAAUUUAGCAGUCA